AUGAUUUCUUACACUCGUCUCUUCGCAUCCGUGUGUGCGCUCGCCGGCACCGCGGCCGCAUUAACCCCACUCGAAGUCAGCGGCAAGGACUUUGUUGACUCGAAGACCAACGAUCGUUUCCAGAUUAUUGGUGUAGACUACCAGCCCGGUGGCUCGUCCGGCUUCACCAAGAAGCUGGAUCCUCUGAGCGAUGCAGAUGCCUGUCUGCGCGAUGCUGCCCUCAUGCAGCGUCUGGGUGUCAACACUAUCCGUGUCUACAACCUGGAACCCUCUCUCAAUCACGAUGAGUGCGCCUCGAUCUUCAAUGCCGCCGGUAUUUACAUGAUUCUCGACGUCAGCAACCCUCUGGCGGGUGGCUAUCUGGACCGCAGUGCCCCAUGGACCACCUACAGCGCCAUCUACUACAAGCAGGUGUUCGGUGUUAUCGAGGGCUUCAAGAACUACGACAACGUCCUGGGCUUCUUCGCUGGAAACGAGGUGAUCAACGAGGACGCCCAUUACUUGACUCCCAAGUACAUGCGUGCCGUCGUUCGUGAUAUGAAGGACUAUAUUGCCAAGAACUCUAAGCGCGCUAUUCCUGUCGGAUACUCCGCUGCCGAUAUCCGUAAUAUCUUGAUGGACACCAUUCACUACUUCGAGUGUGACCUUAAGAACUCGACCUCUUCUCGCGCCGACUUCUUCGGCCUCAACUCCUACUCUUGGUGCGGUCCCGCCACCUACAAGUCCAGCGGCUUCGAUGAACUCACCGAGGACUUCACCAACGCCACCAUCCCCGUUUUCUUCUCCGAGUACGGCUGUAACGAUGUCAAGCCCCGUAUCUUCACCGAAGUGCAGGCCAUUUACGGCGUGGAGAUGACCCAGGCUUUCUCUGGUGGUCUCGUUUACGAGUGGACCCAGGAGGACAACGAGUACGGCCUGAUCAAGAUCAAGGACUCCAAGACCGUGACCACUCUUGUCGACUAUGAUAACUUCCAGAAGCAGCUCAACAAGCUUGAUAUGGACCGCAUCAUGUCAAGCAAUGCCACGCAGGCCAAUGUCAAGGCUGAGGAGUGCAGUGUCUCACUCAUCGGUGCUAAAUCCCGCGGCAAACAGCCUUUCUACAACGCCUGGGAUUUGCCCGAGGUUCCUUCCAAGGUCUCGGACUACAUUAAGAAUGGCUUGCCCGAUGCUCCUACCGGCAAGUUCGUGUCUGUUUCUUCCACCACCAUCCCCCAGAAGGUGUACGACCACACCGGCAAGGAGAUCACCGGUGUCAAGUUUGAGGUGAAGAGCAGUGUCAACACCCCCUCUUCUUCCUCCACUUCGAGUACCUCCGAAUCGGGUACCUCCGAUUCUUCCUCCAGCUCCGGUACUUCGAUCCCUAGCAACGCCGCCUCUCUCAAUGGCGUCCCCUCUCUUGCCCUCGGUGGUGCAGGAGGUUUCUUUAUGCUGAUUGCAUCCCUUCUUUAA